AUGACCUCCCCGCGUUCUUGGGCGUUGCGGUUCCUCAACCCGCUACGGUGCCCGCGGCGUUACGGUGGCGGCGGUGGGCAGUGGCGGUGGCGGUGGCGGUGGCGGCGGUGCGGCCUCGCGGCGACGAGGUCCAUUUUGACCUUCUCCGCUGCGUGGUUUGCUGCUGCCGCCGCGGCCGCCUCCGUGGCGCUCUGCCACCCGCUCGACACGCCCGACUACCUCGUCCCGUACUACCUGCGCGACACCGCCACCCGCUUCAAGCACUACGCGAGUCACCGCAAGCGGGAGGGCGGCGCAAAGUACAUGACGGUGGAGGACUUUGUGCGUGCCCUGCUGGCGUCAAGCGACAACGACCCCCCGGACCCGGCCGUGGUGCAGAGCCUGGCGAAGCUCUUUACCGAGCUGGACGCCGACGGCAACGCGUACCUCAGCCUGAGUGAGUUCUCCUUCCUCAUGGUGCUGCUAACGGCCAAAACGGAAGACAUACAGGUGCUCUUCUCCGUGCUGGACGAGGACCGCGUGGGGAGUUUGAGCCUGGACGAGUUUGCGGGGGUGUUGCGGGGGUUGGGCUGCGGCGGGAAGGAGGCGCAGCUGUUGACGCGCGGCCGAAGGAACAGUAUUGUGCGCCGCCUCUUCGGCGAGGAUGGGCACCGCCGCUGCUCCUUUAAGGAGGUUGCGGCGACACUCGAUGCCAUCAACGUGGAGGUGUGGACCGCCGAGUUCCGUCAGUUCGACACGGACCACAACGAUCGCAUCACAGCCGAGCAAUUCGGCAAACUCAUCGCAAGCCACAUGAUUGGGAGUCACCCUCCGUUCCACAUUGUGGACAACAUACGAAAGCUGCGGGGCAGCGGCGAGACCAUCACGCUUGAACUGUGGAUCGGGUUUCAUCGCAUCAUGCAGCACGCCGACAGGAUAGCAGAGGCAGUGGAGCUGUUCGCUUCCUCCGGACUCCCGCUGAGGAAAAGCGACUUCAACCGUGCAGUAAAGGCCGCGGGGUUGACCCCCUUCGCCGAUGUGGAGUUGGACCUUGUCAUGGCCCUCUUUGACCGCAAUGCGGAUGGAGUGCUGGAGUUCGAGGAGUUUAUGUCCGUGAUGAGGCAGAAGCUCGGCUACCACCACGGCCACCGCAGUGACCCCCGCGAGAAGAAGCACCUCCCCGCGCGCUUUCUGGAGUGCGCUGGCGAAGUGUUUUCCCAGUAG